UAUAAAUACAAAGAAGGCUAUCGCAAGCAGCUUGGCCACCACAUAGGGGCCCGGAACAUAGAGGAUGAUCCAAAGAUGAUGUGGUCGAUGCACGUAGCCAAGAUCCAGAGUGACAGGGAGUACAAGAAAGCCUUUGAGAAGACAAAGACACACUUCAGUAGCCCAGUGGACAUGCUGGGAAUCGUGUUGGCCAAGAAAUGUCAGGAGCUGGUCAGUGACAUUGUUCCCCGCCACUAUCUGCAUCAGUGGAUCUGUCUGCCAGACCAGAACGAUGUUAUCCAUGCUAAGAAGGCCUAUGAUCUGCAGAGUGAUGCUGUUUACAAAUCAGACCUGGAAUGGCUAAGAGGUAUUGGAUGGGUUCCUAUUGGUUCCAUGGAAGUUGAGAAAGCCAAGAAAGCUGGAGAAAUCCUGAGUGAAAGGAAGUAUCGUCAACCAGCAGACCAAAUUAAAUUUACUAGUGUGACAGAUUCUUUGGCCAUGGUCUUAGCCAAGCAAAAUGCUGAAAUAAUGAACAAGCGUUUAUACACAGAAGCCUGGGAUGCAGACAAAACAUCAAUUCAUGUCAUGCCUGACACACCGACAAUUUUGUUAGCGAAGGCCAAUGCAGCUAAUGUUAGCCAUAAACUUUAUGUACAAGCCUGGGAAGAGGCCAAAAAGAAGGGUUAUGACAUGAGAGCUGAUGCAAUUCCAAUCCGAAGUGCAAAGGCAUCAAGAGAUAUUGCGAGUGAUUACAAGUACAAAGAAACGCACGAGAAGCAGAAAGGGCACUACAUCGGGUGCCGAACUGCCAAGGAAGAUCCCAAACUGUCGUGGGCUGCGCGUGCCAUGUUGCUGCAGAAUGACCGAAUUUACAGGAAGGCGUACCAUGACUCAAAGGCCCAGAUCCACAUACCAGUCGAUGCGAUGUCAGUGCAGGCAGCCAAAGAGUGCCAGACACUAGUCAGUGACGUUGACUACCGCCAUUACCUUCACCAGUGGACGUGUCUUCCUGACCAGAAUGACGUGAUCCAUGCAAGGAAGGCCUACGACCUACAGAGUGAUAAUGUGUACAAGUCAGACCUGGAAUGGUUACGAGGCAUUGGCUGGGUGACAGAAGGUUCUGUGGAUGUGGUGAAAGCAAAGAAAGCCCAGGAACUCCUGAACGAGAGGUUGUACCGCACACGGCCGGAUGAGAUGAAAUUCACAAGCAUUACUGACACACCAGAUGUUGUCCAGGCUAAGAUCAAUGCUUUGCAGAUCAGUGAUCAUCUGUAUCGUGAAGCCUGGGAUAAAGAUAAGACACAGAUUUCCAUACCUUCAGAUACUCCUGUACUGCUGCAGUCCAAAGCAAAUGCCCUCAACAUCAGCAAU